AUGAUGAUGGAUGUAAGCUCGAUAUUUAUAGAAUGGCCUUCAAUAGAUGUAAUAAGUGAUAUUGAUAUUGAAGAAGAGGAAGAUGAAGAAGUUAUUAUUGAACGUAGGAGGAAACAAAGAGAGGAACUUCUAAAGAGGUUAGGUGGUCCAAACGAAGAUUCAAAUAUGUCCGCUGACAUUAAUAUUGUUCCUGCAACUCCACCUUCUGAAAGUCAAUCAAAUGUAUCACAGAAAUCAAUAGAAGUUCCGUCUAAUAAUAACGAAUCUACUUCAGAAAGUCAUACUCCACCAUUGCCCGAGAAACCAAAAUCACCACAAAUUAAGAAAAGAAAAUCUAGAUUUGAAGAUGUUCUACCAGAAGAAAUUGAUAAAAACGAAGAUAUAAAACCAACAGAAAAAAUUAAACAAGAAGAAAAACAAAAUUCGAAAAAAUCGAAUGAAUGGGACAUGUUUGCUGAGGCAGAUAAUAUCGGUGAUUUUAAUAGUCCUACAGUUGAAGGAAAACGACAAGGUGGACCAGAUAAUCCAAGUUUAACAGAUAAUUGGGAUGAUGCAGAAGGAUACUACCGAGUACGUGUGGGAGAAACAUUAGAUUCUCGAUAUGUUGUUUAUGGAUAUACUGGUCAAGGUGUAUUUAGUAAUGUUGUAAGAGCUAGAGAUACUGCUAGAGGCAAUUUAGAUGUUGCUGUAAAAAUAAUAAGAAACAAUGAAAUAAUGCACAAAACUGGCCUUAAAGAAUUAGAAAUUCUUCGAAAACUUAAUGAUGCCGAUCCUGAAGAUAGAUUUCAUUGUUUAAGAUUAUUUAGACAUUUCUUUCAUAAGAAUCAUUUAUGUAUGGUUUUUGAACCUUUAGCCAUGAAUUUAAGAGAGGUUUUAAAAAAAUAUGGAAAAGACGUUGGUUUACAUGUUAAAGCGGUAAGAUCAUAUACGCAGCAACUUUUCCUUGCACUCAAAUUAUUAAAACGUGCAAAUAUUUUGCAUGCUGACAUCAAACCAGAUAAUAUUCUAGUCAGUGAAAGCAAGCUAGUACUGAAAUUAUGCGAUUUUGGGUCAGCAUCUCAUGCUCAUGAGAAUGAGAUAACACCAUAUUUGGUAUCAAGAUUUUAUCGAGCACCUGAAAUUAUUCUUGGUAUACCAUAUGAUUUCGGCAUUGAUAUGUGGUCUGUGGGAUGUACCAUAUAUGAAUUAUAUACGGGAAAAAUAAUGUUCUCGGGCAAAACAAACAACCAAAUGUUGAAAUUCUUCAUGGACUUGAAAGGCAAAAUGCCUAAUAAACUGAUUAGGAAAGGCUCAUUCAAGGAUCUACAUUUUGACUCUAACUGCAAUUUCCUAUAUCAUGAAGUUGAUAAAGUCACCGAGCGGGAAAAAGUUGUAGUUAUGUCUACUUUAUCUGCUACUCGUGAUCUAAGCGCAGAAUUAGGUGGAAAUUCUUUGCCACCAGAACAAAGUCGGAAAGUUGGACAGCUUAAGGAUCUUUUGGAACGAACAUUGAUGUUGGAUGCAGGAAAAAGAAUCACUGUGAAUCAUGCCCUGGCACAUCCAUUUAUACAAGAAAAAAUUUAGGUAACCCUGUCCGGGGUCCAUCCACAUCGGAGAAUUUGACGUAAUUUUGCAAAAAGAAUGUUUGAAACGACACCGCUAACGAUUCGUUGUAUAUCAUAAAAGCAUUACUAACAUAAUGCGGUGUCUAUUUAUAUCGAAUGUCCUAUAUCCGUUUCAGCAGAAAGAGGCGGUGCAAAAUUUUACAUUUCACUUACUCCAUCUGAAUAAAACAGGAAAACAUAUAAUGGGAGGAACGAAAAAUUAUUUGAAUCACAUAUUGUACUCUAUCAAUCUGAACUGUAUUAUUUAAUUAAUGAUAACUAUUGCAGGUCAAUAGAGUGCAAUAUCUUUAUAUUAAUUAAAAACCACUACAUAAAAAUGAUGCAUAAAAUAUUGGAGUUCGCCAUUGAUGCAUUUAUCGACGAUUGUAAAAACAACAUGUUUGUAUUCUACAGUGUACUGUAUCAGAGAGCGUAAUGAUUUUUUCGUGUAAAUUUGUUUGAAAUGAAAACCACGAUUUGGUUUAUUUCUUUUCUUUCUUUGUGCACAGCAGUUAUAAAGUAAUAAAUCCAACACGAUGAAUACUAGAGGAAGAGGCUUGAUGAAUAUAUGCGGUAUACAAUAUUCUUCCGUGGACGAAAAUGAAAAACUGGGAAAAGUGACCGCCUCUUUCAGCAUGAACUGGCCAUCGAUACUUAGCAUAAUGGUGGUACAUAAUAUUUUUCUUUUCAUCAAUUUUUCGAAUUUUAAAGCGCGAUUUUCUUUACAAAUAACAAUUCAUAAUAAAUUAUUAUAUUACAAAUAAAUGAUAAUGCGUUAAUUCGCGAAGAAGAAUCCCGUGUUUGCGAAAUUGUAAAACCUCUACGAAUUUGAUCGUAUAAAUCACGAACAUUUUAUUCUUCUGUGCCAUUGUGCAAAUCGGCAUCAAAGUUUAAUAACAAGGAAACUUGUAUUGAAAAAGAAAAAACAAAUUGUAUAGUAAUUAGGUUGUUGAAAUAAAACGACGCAUGCUUAUCAGAAUGAGAAA